UUUGACAAGAGCAAAAGCUCGCAUCAGCUCCCCUAUCAGCUGUGCGUAUAUCGAGACAGUCGCGUAAGGUGAAAAGUUUGAUAACUCAAUAGAACGUUAAGUUUUGGGGGAAGUUUUUACCCGGUUAGUUUUGGUUUUCUGUAAAACUACGCUGUAGGAAUAUUUCAGCGAGGAUUUGGAAAGAGGUCCAGAUCCGAAACCAGCCAGGAUGCCUAGCGCCAGGCGAAUGAUCCUGGGCCACGUAAUGUCCGGCCUGUGCAGCAAAAUGAACCGGACCAAGCAGCUACCGGCGGACCUGAUGGAAACCCCCCUGAAUCGCUGCCUCAACACAUUCGAUAUUACCUUGCUGGGAAUCGGUCACAUGGUGGGCGCCGGCAUUUACGUCCUGACCGGGACGGUGGCCCGCGAAAUGGCCGGCCCUGGAAUAGUGCUAUCGUUCAUACUGGCCGGCAUGGUGUCGAUGUUGGCCGCCCUAUGCUACGCGGAAUUUGGCACCCGAGUGCCGAAAGCCGGUUCGGCCUACGUCUACACGUACGUCUCGAUUGGGGAAUUCUGGGCGUUUGUCAUCGGGUGGAACAUCAUUCUGGAGCAUAUGCUGGGGGCGGCUUCGGUGGCCCGGGCCUGGAGCGGAUACGUCGAUUCGAUGUUGGGCAACAUCGUGGCCAACACGACCAUGGAGAUUACGGGCGAGAUGCACGAGAAGCUAUUGGCUAAAUAUCCAGACUUCCUGGCGUUUGGCGUUUGUAUGAGCUAUGCGAUUGCGCUGGCCGCUGGGGUUAAGGCUACGGCCAUGAUCAAUAGUAUUUUGACGACGGUGAAUGUGGUGGUGAUGUCGCUGGUUGUGGUUCUAGGCUUCUGGUACGCUACACCCGCAAAUUGGUCCCUUCCAGAACAAGGAUUUCUUCCGUUUGGAUUCGGUGGAGUGCUAGCAGGGGCUGCCACGUGCUUCUAUGCUUUUGUAGGGUUCGACAGCAUCGCCACUUCUGGAGAGGAAGCCAAAAAUCCAAAUGUAUCGAUUCCGUUGGCCACAAUCCUGUCGUUGUGUGUUGUGACCAUCGGGUACGUCCUGGUAAGCGCUGCUCUGACGCUCAUGAUCCCAUAUAACGAAAUCAACCCAGCGGCAGCUCUUCCGGACGCCUUUGGAACACGUGGAAUAGCUUGGGCAAAGUAUGCAAUAUCCACUGGAGCCAUUUGUGGGAUGACCACUACCCUAUUGGGAUCGCUAUUCGCUCUUCCAAGGUGCCUCUACGCUAUGGCCAGUGAUGGAUUGCUGUUCUCCUGCUUCGGUAAGGUAAACACCAAGACUCAAGUUCCACUGCUCAACCUAGCGGUGUCCGGACUUUGCUCCGCUCUUCUUGCAUUACUGUUCGAUCUGGAGAAGUUGGUAGAGUUCAUGUCCAUCGGGACGCUGCUGGCCUAUACUAUUGUGAGCGCAAGUGUAAUUGUCCUUCGUUAUCGACCGAUUUCCGUAGAGGAAACGGUCCACCUGGCCCCGGAUACUCCCGGAACAGACGAGGAAGAGAAUCCAUCGUCAUCGUCCCAAUCGAGUGCCGUAGAUCCUUCGUCUCCAACGAGCGAAAUGAUAGAGAUUGCUUUGGCUGGACGAUUGCGGCCACAGUUUCGUUGGUUGGAACCCAUUCUAGGGCGCUGUGAACCGGGAGUGGCCUGUUCCGGAGCGGUACUACUGUUUUGCGUACUCAGCGUGGCCGUUUGCUUCCAACUCGAGGUUUCAUGGGACGAGCUGUACGACGGGACAUGGUGGGCGCUGGGACUCUACGGAUUCCUGCUCUUCUGCCUUGUGGCAUGUAUCGUGGUGAUCUCCGCCCAUCACCAGAACACCCGUGACCUCCAGUUCAAGGUGCCGCUGGUGCCCUACAUUCCAGCCCUAAGCAUAUUCUGCAACAUCGAACUCAUGGUACAUCUGAGCUUCCUGACGUGGCUCCGGUUCUUCAUCUGGCUGUCGAUCGGUAUGUUGGUCUACUUCCUGUACGGAAUACGCAACAGCAAAGAAGGGGAGCUGGGUACGUCCUACUCGAUGCUCAUGUCCACCCAGGAAGCCAUCCGUGGCUGGGGAGCUACACAUUCGGCCGGCCUAAGCGGCGGAACACGGGUAACGGUUACCAAGAUUGUAAAGGGACGGGUCAGCAGGAAGAGCGUCGACAAACAGGCGAUAAUCGACGAUGAUGACGAUGACUCAUAAAAAGGGAAUUCGGGGAAGGUAACAAGCAAUUUAUAUACAGUACAUACAGUGCGGGAGGAUUCUUUAGUUACGCUUACUUGAUGGCACAAAAGUGGUAUACAAAGUAUUAUGUGUAUAUGCUGGCUACUUCAUUACUGGCGCAAACGACGAUGCAUAAAUACGCUUCCAUUUCCUAUGAAUUCGAUGGAAACGACGAUAGUGUACUGCUUAAUUUACAAUUUGAUGCAAUAUAAGAUGAAGUACUUACCGUAGUUUCUACAACUUCGUGCAACCUACGCAGUAGAGUUCUGGGCCCAUUAUGCAUGAAAAGCAACUAGAAAAUUUGAAAUUGUCUUACCUUUAAUGUAAAGAUGAAUCGAAGCCAAACCUCGAUUUUUUAAGAGCACAAA